AUGAAGAAGCAAGGUCUGAAGAACGACGUCGUCAUCACCAUCGACCCCAAACUAUGGCAAUUCAGCGGGACUGGAGAAAAAUCGAUUCUGUGA